AUUCCAAUAAACUUACUUUGCUAACUUUAUCAACAAUGGCUCUCAUUUUAGUUGGGGAGAGUCACAAAUCAGUACCUUCGGAUGAGGAGAAAGAAGAGAUGGAGAAGUUACUCAACUAUCUCAAUAAACCUGCAGUCAAAAGUUUCCAUACUGAACAUGGUUAUAUAUUGGAUUGCAUCGACAUUCAAAAACAGCUAGCUUUUGAUCAUCCUUUGCUCAAGAACCAUUCUCUUAAGUUGAAGCCCACAACUAUACCUAAAUGGACCAAAGAUAACAACACUUCUUACAAAUCUAGUUCUUUGCCAUUUCGAGAAGAAGACAUAAGUUGUCCAGUUGGGACAUUCAUUGUCAAAAGGAUUAUACUUGAAGAUCUUAUACAAGCUCAACGUUUGAAAUCCUUAGGAUUCAACUAUCCAGGACAAAUUUCUUCAAAGGACAAGAAAAUUGAUUUAACUGGUCAUCAUUUUGCCACCAUUAGUUACAAAGAUUACCACUAUGGAGCAAAAGGAAACAUUAACGUAUGGAAUCCAAAUGUCUCACCUGAUCAAUUUAGUCUUGCGGCUAUGACUGUCUCAGGCGACGAAGGGUUUCAAAGCAUUACUGCUGGAUGGAUUGCCGAUGGAAAUAAUAAGACUCAUUGCUACAAUACACUAUGUCCUGGUUUUGUGCACGUGAGCACCAAGUAUGCAAUUGGAAUGCUUGUCCAACCAGUUUCCAUUUACGAUGGUCAACAAUAUCAAUUAGAAGUCAGCAUAUAUCAGGAUCAUGUUACAGGAGACUGGUGGUUUGAGCUAAAUAACGAGCCAAUUGGAUACUGGCCAAAAUCAUUGUUCAAACGUCAAGGUUUAGCUGAUGGAGCGAGUGCGGUGGUUUGGGGAGGAGAAGUUUACAGUUCAGUGAAAGAGAAGAGUCCAAGCAUGGGAAGUGGACAUUUCCCACAAGAGGGUUACAAGAAAGCAGCUUAUGUGAAUGGUUUAAAAAUAAUCACCGAUGUAACAAAAGAAGUUUCGAGUCCGUUAGCUUCAGCUUUAAAGACAGUCGCAGACAGUCCAAACUGUUAUAACGUAAAGAAAAUAUUAGGUGUUGUCGCGAAAGCAGCUCAUGAACGCCGAACAAUACCAGCGGAAGAAGAGAAGAAAGAAAUGGAGAGGCAACUCAAAGCUAUCAACAAACCGCCAAUCAAGAGUUUUAAGACUGAACAAGGUGAAAUAUUCGAUUGUAUCGACAUUCACAAGCAACUAGCCUUUGAUCAUCAUCUGCUGAGAAACCACUCUGUUCAGCUAAAGCCAACAAGUGUACCUAAAUGGAUCACAUGCCACAACAAUUCACAAAAAAUUGGUCCUUUGCAGCUUCAGCUAAAGGGAAUAAGUUGUCCACAUGGAACAGUGAUUGUUAAAAGGACUACAAUCCAAGAUCUUAUUAACUCACAACAUUUGAAAUCCAUUGGAUUCAAUAUCCCUAGACAUGUCCUUAGAGAUGGAAACAACAGUGAUUUGACUGGACAUCAUUUUGCAACGGCAGACUAUGAAUAUGACAACAUUGCUGGAGUACAAGGAAACCUUAACCUCUGGGAUCCACAAGUGUCACAUGAUCAAGUUAGUCUUGCAACCAUGGCGAUUGCUGGCGGUCCAAUAAUAGAAGAGCUCUCCAGCAUUUCCGUUGGAUGGAUGGUGAAUCCAUUGUUGUACAAAGAUCACAUUCACUUAUACACUUACUGGACUGCAGAUGGAUAUAAUAAGACAGGAUGCUACGACAUAAGAUGUCCGGGAUUCGUGCAAGUCAGCAAGAGAAUACCACUUGGUGUCCUUCUUCAACCAGUUUCAAUUUAUAAUGGUACACAAAAAGAAAUGGACUUAAGCUUGCAUCAGGAUCGUGUCACGGGAGAUUGGUGGCUUGUAUUUGGAGGAGUGAAUGUUGGGUAUUGGCCACAGUCAUUGUUCAUAGCCUCAGGCUUAGUUAAAGGAGCGGAUCUUGCAUCUUGGGGAGGUCAAGUGUACAGUCCAACGACAGAAAAGAGUCCAAUUAUGGGCAGUGGGCAUUUUCCUAAGGAAGGUUUCGGAAAAGCAGCCUUUGUAAACAAUAUCCAUAUCCUCAAUGGUAAGGGAGAAGCUUUGAUUCCACAAAUCUACACUAUAAAAACACAUGAGAGCAGUCCAAAUUGUUAUAAAGCCAAGUAUGUUCAUGAUGAUGAUGAACCUUGGAUAAGAGCUGUUUACUAUGGAGCUCUAUCUCUCAUUCUAGUUGUAGAGAGUCACAGACCAAUAUUACUAGAAGAUAAUGAAAACGAGUUGGUGAGGUUACUCAACUAUAUCAAUAAACCUCCAAUCAAGAGUUUUCAGUUGACGCCUACAACUAUACCUAAAUGGACCAUACAUAAUAAUAAUGAUUCUCGUUCUGUACCGCUUCGACAAGAUGGCAUAAGUUGUCCACUUGGGACCGUGAUUGUUAAGAGGACCACACCGGACGAUCUUAUACAAGAUCAGCGUUUGAAAGCCAUGGGGUUUAAAUAUUCAACAUAUGUUUCUUUGAAGAGCAAGAACAUUGAUCUGACUGGUUUUCAUUUUGCCGUUGCUCAGUACAAAAAUUCUCAUUAUGGAGCAAAGGGAAACCUUAAUCUUUGGGAACCAGAAGUUUCACCUAAUCAAUUCAGUCUUGCAAGUAUGCUUAUCUCUAGAGGCUUAAAUGAGCAGUUUCAAGGCAUUAGAGCUGGAUGGAUAGAUCAUAUUACAGGAAAUUGGUGGUUGGUGGCAUUCGAUAAUUAUGUUGGAUACUGGCCAAAUUCAUUGUUCACAGAUGUUGGUUUAAGCCAUGGAGCAAGUUAUGUAUCAUGGGGAGGAGAAGUAUACAGUCCAGUGAAAGAGAAGAGUCCAAGCAUGGGAAGUGGACAUUUCCCAGAAGAGGGUUUCAAGAAAGCAGCCUAUGUGAGUGGUAUUGAAGUAGUAGAAGAUAGUAAAUUGGAAGGUUCGAUGGGUCCACCACUUCAUUCUCUAACAACAUUUUCAAGCACCCCAAAUUGUUACAAAGCCAUAAAGAAACCAGGUUCUGAGAGUUACAGAACAAAACAAUUGGAAGAGGAGGAAAACGAUUUGGAGAGAUUACUCAAAAAUAUCAAUAAACCUGCAAUCAAGAGUUUCCGGUUGAGGCCUACGACUAUGCCUAAAUGGACCAUAAAUAAGAACAACAAUUCUGAGAAAGGUGGUUCCCUCCCGUUUAGACAAGAUGGUGUAAGUUGUCCACUUGGAACCGUGAUUGUUAAGAGGACCACACUAGAAGAUCUUAUACAAGCUCGGAGUUUGAAAUCCAUGGGGUUCAAAUCUUCAAGAUAUGUUUCUUCAAAGGGAGAAAACAUUGAUCUAUCUGGUUAUCAUUUUGCUGUGGCUCAAUACAAAAAAUUUCAUUAUGGAGCAAAGGGAAACCUUAACAUCUGGGAACCGGAAGUUUCACCUAAUCAAUUCAGUCUUGCAAGUAUCACUAUCUCUGCAGGAUCAAAUGAACAGUUUCAAGGCAUUAGAGCUGGAUGGAUAGUGUACCAAUGGCUAAACAAGAAUCAUAGUCGCUUAUACACAUAUUGGACUGCAGAUGGAUUUACGAAGACAGGUUGCUACAAUCUAUUAUGUCCUGGUUUUGUACAAGUGAGCACCGAUAUCCCACUUGGCUACCUUCUUCAACCAGUUUCCAUUUACGGUGGCAAACAAUAUGAAGUAGGCAUCAACAUGUAUAAGGAUCAUAUUACAGGAAACUGGUGGUUGGUGGCGUUCAAUAAUAAUUAUGUUGGAUACUGGCCAAAAUCAUUGUUCACAGAUGUUGGUUUAGGACAUGGAGGAAGUUUGGCCUCAUGGGGAGGAGAAGUAUACAGUCCAGUGAAAGAGAAGAGCCCAAGCAUGGGAAGUGGACAUUUCCCAGAGAAAAGAAGUUACACGAAAGUAGCCUAUAUGAAUGAUUUUGUAGUAUAUAAUGAUCUUGGAUCUGUAGGUGUGACUCCACCACUUGAUACUCUAAAGACAUUCUCAAGCACUCCGAAUUGUUACAAAGUCAAAAAGGACCAACCACUGUUUGGUAAAGUUUGGGAUGACGCUAUCUUUUAUGGAGGACCAGGAGGAUGCACAUUCUAGUUAUCAUGUUCUUAAUAUCUCUCGGCAUUAAUUAAGUAUCCUCUGCUUUUUCACUUUUUAAGUUGAAAAAUAAAACUUGGAUCUUAUU